AAAAAAAAUAGUUUGAGUUUUUUGCUUGUUUACGUAUUUUUAAAUUUGACGUUAUAUAAUUUGUGUUUGAGGUUAUGUUUUAAGUCCAGACAGGUUAUCAAAAACAUGCAAUGAUAAAACUGUAUAGUUCUACGUUAAAAAAACUCUUAAAUAAGUGGCCUGGAAAGAAAUAUUUAGGCGAAUACCGAUUUUUACCCCUGUUUUUCUUAUUAGGUGCUAGCUUAGAGUUUUCUAUGAUAAAUUGGAGAGUGGGACAAACUAAUUUCUAUUCAACUUAUAAAAGAAGACAAGCAAAAAAUAUUGUUGAACACGAAUUACACAGUUAAUAUUCUUCAGAAAUGC